AUGGAGCAGGCAAAAACAAAAUCGUUGGAAGCUGAGGAGAAGGAAAAGGAGUUGAACAACAAGAUACUUCAAUGCAAAAAGGCGAUACGAACAUGGAUAUCAGAUAUAGCAGAAGGUGACAACGCUUUGGAAAAAAAUAUUUGGCAACAAAUAAAUGAAAACAAAUUAGUAGAACACAGAGAUGCUGUUAAAGUGGAUGUGAAUUAUAUGUUCUCUAUUCUUCGUGGCUAUGGGAGAAACCUUCUCAAGCGCCAUUUCUGCAUGGAGAUCCUAAAAAAAGUAGGCGGUCUUAGAGAUAUGGGGGAAGAAAUGUUGAAAAUUAUCUGCAACAAAAUGAAGCUAAGGACGUUCGAGGAGAAUAAGUUGGUUGUUGAAGCGGCACACCCACUUGAGCAGAUGAUGAUUAUUAUAGAAGGCUCUCUGCGGAUGUACCAGACAACUAGUGAUGCUGCUGCUGCACCUCCUCCCCAAACUGUUUUCGAGGCAGGUGAUAUUGUGGGACAUGAACUUGUGUCUUGGGCAGCGUCAAUCCGAAAUUUUAAAGACCCCCCUACUUCCAACACAUAUGUCAAAUGCCUCUCCAAAGUAACAGCCUUCGUUCUCACAAGUGAGGACUUGAGAAAAUUAGUCAGCUCCAAACGCAUCAUGUUCGGGACAAGGGCGGAACCAGAAGUUUUUCAGUGGAUGCGCUAG